AUGGGGCUCACCCUAGAAGGUAUGACACCCAUCGGCCCUACCGACCUGACAACAGGGGGUGGAGAGACCGGUCAGUUCGAUAUGGCCCACGCAGAGAACGAAACUCAGAGCGACCUUACCCGCAGUCUCAGUCAGCACUUUCUGACGAAGAGAUGGGUACAAAGGCCAAAUCAGACCCUCCCCAGAAGGGUAGUGGAUCUAAAGGCGGAUCUAAGGGUGAAUCAAAGUCCUCUGAUCUGACAGAGGAAGAACGCAAACUCCUUAGACAAAUAAUCCGUAGAAUACAGAGAAAAGGAAAGCAGAUCUCUUCUCUGUCGCUGUCGCCAUCGUCCAGGAUGACACUUCUGAGCCAAACAUGAUGCCUGUCCAGCAGACUGCAGUUCAGGAGGACAUGUGUAUGUCCUUACAGGAGUCGGUGACACUUUCACCAGCUGACACUCCUGUCGAUCUUGAACCUCAGGACAGUACAUCACAAGAAACGACAUCUACCAGCGCCGUCUUGGUAGUACAGGCGAACUCCACAGAGGAGCCAGCCGAAGAAGACUCCUCACUUAUUCGGCUUGAACCACCUUUCCUCCAAUUCUUGUGCAACCUCACUGAGAAAGGCAUCGCACAGAAGUUUUACGUUAAUACCGUCCUUGAAAAUGAACUUCAACACGAAGCACUCCUAGACACUGCUGCUGACAUCACUCUGAUGUCCUCCACUCUCUUUAAUCGCUUGCGCAAUAUGGUGCAGCAGUCCAACAGGGACAUCAAGCUGCAGCCCUGCGCCAUGGAGAUUCGGCCGUACUCCACAGACAGUACGACCUUAAAAACAAUGACGAUGUUGAACAUCUCCAUUGGACCAAUGAAAAUCAUACACCCCGUGUAUGUGUCACCCCUUGAGUCGAUUCCUUUCCUCAUCGGUCAAGACCUUUUAAAACGGUUUGAGCCCCUGAUCGAUUAUCGACAGCUGAAAAUAUGGGCACAGGUCCGCAGACCAUUACCCAUACCAGCAACCGACAAGAAUCGGGCUCAGUGUUACGCCCUGACGCGUGAACUUUCUACAAGCACACAGACAAGUGUAAGCUCACUGGAGCGACCCUACUUGACUGACGAUGAGCCACAACCCUGCUCGUGGCCUUUCGAUGACUCAGUCAUAAAGAGGGACACAUUUUUGUGCAAAUUUGACGACACCAAUGGACCGGACACGCCUGGGCCAUUGAUCACUGAAGGCAUUAACUUGAAUGAGAAUCACGUCAACGAUGUGAUUUUGGCUCUUUGGGCUGACAGAUCAGCCAUCAGCCGUGAACUGUACGACGCCUUGUCUAGGGAUGACCCGAACCUCCAGUGUGUUCGGAAAGCAUUUCGCUUCCCCUUGGACUCCCUUCCUAAAGCUACCAUGACUGCUGAAGGCGUCUGUGCCUUAACUGUGCGAUGGAACAAAAGGGAGAUGACUCACCACUUCUUGGUCAUCCCAGACCUACCACAUCAGGUCUACAUGGGAAGUGAUAUACUGGUCAGGUUGGCAGUCCAGGUCGAUACCAUUAACAACAUACUGUGGUCCCUUACCAGUGUUAAUGAGGAAACCCUGACCCCUGAUGUUGACAACAUCAUAUCAGGACAGUCGAUCCCUGAAGCCUGUCAGGUAGCCAGUGAACUUGACAUUGUCAUACCUGCAAUGACCACAAAUGUUCCCAUUCGCUUGAACCUACAACGUGGACAAAAGCUGUCGCACACUCAAGCUUUCUUCCAGCCGUCGUUGCUCUUUCUUAAACUAGGGCUGUCUACUCAAGCAACUCCUCUUCUUGAACUUCACUCGAGAUUCACACAUUUGCUUGUACAAAACACGACAUCAGAAGAUAUCCUGAUCCCUAAAUCCACCCCGCUGGGUUGGUUGAUCAGCACGUCGUUCCACGACUUUGAAUUGAGGAUUCCUGUAAUAGGAAAAAUGCCCCGUUCUCUGAUGUCAGACCAUUCGUCAGAACAGGUCUUUCAUACCCUACCUUCCAGGGCUAUCUCGCUCUUCCCAACUGUACCGCUGGACCACGACACCAUCUGUCAGGUCGACCUCUCUGAGGACUCACAGAUGAUCCUGCACACAGUGCAAGUCCUAAGCGUCAGUUCGGAGCCAGAAACGGCCCAAACACUUUCCGGGGUAGAACCCUCUAUCUUCCCAACCGUGCAAACACCUGAGCACGAUCCAGACUUUGACGCCAAAGUCGAACAGCUCGUAGCUGAGGCAGACGCCCUGAACGGCGAAGAGGAGCGUGAAAAGCCUCGCAAACUUCUGCACAAAUAUCGAGCCUCUUUCGCAAAAGACUCGCUUGACUGUGGCUUAACCUCUAUCCACUCUAUCCGCAUUCCAACACCACCAGAUGCACCACCAACUUUUGUAUGCCAGUACAAAAUUCCCUUAGCGUCUUAUGAACCUAUUCAGGAAAUCAUAGACGAUACUUUGGCGAAAGGGAUCAUUCGGCCAUGUAACAGUACCUACUCAGCCCCACUCUGGCCGGUACUGAAACCAAACGGUAAAUGGCGACUGACCAUUGAUUACCGCAAACUGAACCAACAAGUUCCCCUUUCCAGGUGGCCUAUGGCUCAGCUCCAACAGGAUCUGCCAAAGAUCACUGACGCGAGAUACUUCUCCACUCUUGACGUGGCAUCAGGGUUCUGGACGAUACCAGUACAGGAAGCUGACCAGCACAAACUGGCGUUCACUUUUGCCAACAGGCAGUACACCUUCACCCGAUGCCCUUUCGGCUAUGCCAACUCGCCAGCAGAGUUCAACAUCUUUCUUAACAAAGCCUGCCCAGAUGCUAGUGAGAGAGGCACCCUCAUAUAUGUCGAUGACAUCUUAAUGAGGAGCCAAACCCUAGACAUGCAUCUCACUGAGAUUGACCAUGUCCUGAACCAGCUCACGAACGCCGGGGCAAAGAUAUCUCUGUCGAAAUGUCAGUGGUGCAGGACCAAGGUGAACUACGUCGGUUUGCUUGUUGGUCCAACAGGGGUCGAACCACAGCUGAGUCGAAUUCAAGGACUGUCAAACCUUAAAGCUCCCACGAACGUCUCAGAGCUUCGCAGCUUUUUGGGAGUAUGCAACUACUCCAGACAGUUCAUUGAGGACUAUGCAGACUUAGCAAAACCCCUCACCAACUUACUGAAAAAGGAUGUGCCAUUCACUUGGGGACCGUCCCAACAACACGCCAUGCAAGCUUUAAAAGACAGACUCUGUGCAGCUCCUUGUCUUGCCUACCCAGACUGCAACAGACCGUCCUAUCUGGAGGUUGGUUUCUCUUGUCACUGCCUCAGUGCAGGAUUAUACCAGAUCCAUGACUCAGAUAAACGAGUCGUCGCGUAUGCUAGCAAAACCUUGUUGGCUCCUGAACUGAAGUUCUCCGACUGCGAAAAGGCGCUUCUCGCCACUGUGUGGGCUGUGAAGCAUUUUUCGAAUUAUCUUGCAGGCCAAAAGGUGAUUGUGGAAACCAAUCAUCAACCAGUGACCUUCCUUAACAGCCAAAGAAUCAGAGACGGCGUUGUAACCAACGCUCGUGUAGCAUCUUGGCUUAUGGCUCUUCAGAGCUUUGACAUCGAGGUCCACUACGCCCAAAACUGCAAAACACCUCUCGGGAUGGAACUCGCAGCGUGCCAAAGCUGCUUGACAGACAGCGCGGACACAGGGUCCCCAACCUGCGACCCCGAGCCACCUGAAUUAUCUUGCCACCGAUACUUCGACGACAAUGUCUGCAAAGACAUGAUUACAGCUUACGUUGAUGGUUGCUCAUACCAUCACGACACUGUUCUCAGAGCAGGCGUGGGUGUUGUCUGGGUCAACGACGAACCGUGCGAACCACUCAGCUUCAACCUAGGGGCCCAAACGUCCCAGUAUGCUGAAGUGGCAGGCAUUCUGAUUGUUUUGCAACUUGCGGUGGAACACAAAAUCCACGCCUUGACGAUCUGUACAGAUUCCAACUAUGCGCGACUCAGCUUCUCAUGCCAUCUGCCUUUGUGGAAACGCAACGGUUUCUUGACCUCGAACAGAAAGCCGGUCAAACACAAAGAUCUGUUCCUGGCGUGCGACUUCUUGACCUCUAACCAUGAUCUUCAGAUCUACUGGAAGAAAGUCAGGGGGCACUCUCGUAUUCCUGGUCCAGACAAGAUGUUUAAUGACCAGGCUGACUCCUUGGCCAAGCAGGGGGCCUUAACUGGCUCAAACUGGCACUUUGAGCCCUCUGUUUUUCCCCUCCCACCCGUGCCCCUGGUUUGUGCUGUCACCAGAGCCCAGUCUCGAGCUCCACCUCGCCUGGCUCCCUCGGGCCCGGUCUCCGCCACUGUGGCUCCGGCUUUUUCUGACUCUGACUUGCUGGCGCUCCAAGCUUCGGACCCAGCCAUUGCUGCCAUGACGCAGUUCCUUUCAGGGCCUCCUGACUCCUCCAUGCCUCCUGACUUGCUUGACUCCAUCCCUGGCCUGCGCCAUCUUUUCCGCGUGCGCUCUUCACUGCGGCUCGUCGAGGGCUUUCUGGUUUAUGUCUCCGAUGCACUCACUUCGCCUGCCCUCGUGGUGCCUCGCAGCCACAGGGGGGUGAUGUUGACAUACGCCCAUGACACACCGUGCGCAGGACACAGAGGAAACAAAGCCACGCUCCAUGCUCUCCAACAGGUGGCCUAUUGGCCACACAUGCAGAAAGAUGUAGCUGACUACAUAAAAGGGUGCCUGGUUUGCUGCCAGUUUCAACCGGCAAACCCACUUCAUCGAGCACCUCUACAGCGCAGAGGUAUCUCCUUUCCUUGGUCAGACCUCCAGAUCGAUUGGGUGGGUCCUCUCACUAAGUCAGCAAGAGGAAACAAAUACUUCCUCACAGUCGUCUGUGCAUUCACCAAAUGGGUAGAAUGCCUACCAGCCCCAAACGAUACGGCUCAGACCACAGCCUACCUCUUGAUGAACCACAUCUUCUCGCGGUUCGGACUCCCAACUCGUGUCGACUCUGACAGAGGGACACAUUUCACCUCAGAGGUAAUGCAACAACUGUGGCAACUGUUGGGCGUCAAAGCCAACUUUCACAUCAGCCACCACCCUCAGUCGUCUGGACAGGUAGAACGGGCAAACCGAACAGUGGUAACCAUACUGAAAAAGUAUGUGUCAGCCAACCACAAGGACUGGGAUGUUAAGCUUCCCUUGGUCCUGAUGGCCAUCAGAGCGACUCCACAUGGGUCAACCGGGUUCUCACCCUUCGAGCUGAUGACGGGCAGACAGAUGACCCUACCUCUGCACCUGCUGUAUCAGCCAGGUGAGGCCAGUAUAGCAACGGCCUACACGACCCAUCAGUACAUGACUGACUUACACCAGCACCUGAAGGCAAUGUUUGCCUACACCCAAGAGCAUCUCAGCAAAAGUGCUGAAGGACGCAAGUCCUAUUAUGACCAAAAAGCCUCCCAACAGGAACUCCAAGUGGGUGACAAGGUGUGGUACUACCUGUUCACCCAGCCCACUGGAGAUAAAGCCCCAAAGUCUGAGAGACUGGCACGAAAGUUCCUGCCCCGCUGGGCAGGCCCGUACCUGAUCACUGAAAAGCUCUCUUCUGUUGUGUACCAAAUUAAGAUCGCAAAGGGCAACAAAGAGCCGAUCCUUAAAUGGGUCCACCGCAACCAGAUUAAACUUCACCACAACCCCAUGGGACUUGUCGGGGCCUCCAGCGCCACCCUUGAGUCAUAA